AGAGAGAAGGUCCCGAGGAGCCUGCACGCAGAAGACCUUCCCAAGCCCCCUGUCUUUGCCUGCUCCUCCGUAACAAGAGCAGCAACGAAUAUUAUCCGAGGUCCCGGGCGGGCACUCUAUAGUUACAAGAAGAGGGGGACACAAAAUUUCCUGCUCGCAUAGAAAGAGAAGCGAGGUCCGCGCUAGGCUGUGCGGCCGUCAAGAAAGACCCCCACAGAACGCCGCCGGGCCGGUGUAGCCAAUGCUGGGCAAAGAGGGCGCCGCAGGAACCGGGAGAUGGGGCGAGAGCCCCUCUGUCCUCACUGCGCCCAGCAAGGAUCCUUCCCUGGAAGCUCUUGUUCCGCCAAUGUCGCAUUUCAGUACGAAAUCGGAAGCUCAGACCGGAUUUUCCGAUUUUGUGUCAGACAUGUCUUGGAGAAAACCCCUAUAUUCGAAUGACCAAAGAGAAAUACGGAAAAGAAUGCAAGAUCUGUGCCAGGCCAUUCACAGUGUUUCGUUGGUGUCCGGGUGUACGGAUGCGCUUUAAGAAGACCGAAGUGUGCCAAACAUGUAGCAAACUGAAGAAUGUUUGUCAGACCUGCCUUCUUGACUUGGAAUAUGGCUUACCUAUUCAGGUUCGAGAUGCUGGACUCUCACUUAAAGAUGAUAUGCCCAAGUCGGAUGUUAAUAAAGAGUAUUACACCCAAAAUAUGGAAAGAGAGAUCAUGAACUCUGAUGGUACCCGACCUGUUGGCGCUCUAGGGAAGGCAACAUCCACCAGUGACAUGUUGCUCAAGCUGGCUCGGACUACUCCUUACUAUAAACGCAACCGCCCACACAUCUGUUCAUUUUGGGUGAAAGGAGAAUGUAAGAGAGGGGAAGAGUGCCCCUACAGGCAUGAAAAACCUACAGAUCCAGAUGAUCCUCUUGCUGAUCAGAACAUUAAGGAUCGUUACUAUGGUAUUAAUGAUCCUGUGGCUGACAAACUUCUCAAACGAGCUUCCACAAUGCCUCGUCUGGACCCACCUGAUGAUAAGACAAUUACAACAUUGUAUGUAGGUGGCCUGGGUGACACGAUCACUGAAACUGACCUUAGGAAUCAUUUCUACCAGUUUGGUGAGAUCCGGACAAUAACUGUGGUGCAGAGGCAGCAGUGUGCAUUCAUCCAGUUUGCCACACGACAAGCUGCAGAAGUGGCAGCAGAGAAGUCUUUCAACAAGUUGAUUGUCAAUGGCCGAAGGCUUAAUGUGAAAUGGGGCAGGUCUCAAGCUGCCAGAGGAAAGGAGAAGGAAAGAGAUGGGACCACAGAAUCUGGAAUAAAGCUAGAGCCAGUCCCUGGACUACCUGGAGCUCUUCCUCCUCCUCCAGCAGCAGAAGAGGAGGCAGCUUCUGCAAACUAUUUCAACUUACCUCCCAGUGGGCCUCCAGCUGUGGUGAACAUUGCCCUGCCGCCACCACCUGGCAUUGCUCCACCACCACCUCCUGGUUUUGGACCGCACAUGUUUCAUGCGAUGGGACCUCCACCUCCUUUUAUGAGAGCACCAGGUCCCAUUCAUUAUCCUUCGCAAGACCCACAGAGAAUGGGUGCCCAUGCAGGAAAACACAACAGCCCCUAACAUCAAUGGAUCAUUUUCACUGUCUUUUUUUCUAUUUUUUUAAUACAAAAAGUUACAUUGGUAGCAUACCACGUUCAGUUAUGAUGAGCAGGGAAACUAAACCUCUCCCUCAUGUAUAUGCAGUACAGGCUUAGUCUUACUGUGUUACAACUAGAAAAUAAGAUCAUUUAUAUAACCAAAAUAUUUAAUACUGGGGGAGGAAAGGUUGGCUUGUGUUAGGAAGAGCAGAGAUGUGAGCUAGAGAAAUGAGUUGUACUAUUACUAGAAAUCCCAUCAGUGUAUCUAGUGUUGCACACUUUGAAAAACAGAUUGUCUCUUGGAAAAAAUAACUAAGCCUGUUUGGUAAUCUCCAGUCAAUUAUACAAUGGAACUACCCAGCCUUAUUUAAAAUGGGAACUCUUUCACUGCUAUUCAUGUGAAUGUCAAAUUACUGUAUCACUGCUGAAGCGAAAUUAAUUCCUCCUUGCACUGAGCUGGAAUGGAAAGAUUCAGGGAGAUCACAGCAGACUAGUAUGAAGGACAUGUAGAUGGUGUGUCACUUUGUAAUAAAUGCUGUUUCUCAUCAUUUUUGAUCCUGUCUGUGAUACAUGCUACCAAAAUAUUGAGGCAGCAGCAUUGCAUGCUUGUUGAGCCUCUGUUAAGAGGUUGGUGAGUUGAGUUAUGGCUUAUGUGGCCUUCAUGUCCAGUUGCUACUAAAACUAGUCAGGUUUAUUUCCUAACUGAAUAUUUGAUUACUGAUGUCUGUUUUUAGAUAUGUGUUCUCAGUAUUCACCCAGUACCAUCUGUUUUCUGCAUCAAGUCUGUAAUGUGUCCUAGUAAAGAGAACCAUAUUUUUACUUAA